AUGCUCGCUUCGGCGUGGUACACGACCUUGGUCAGCAGCGUACUGCUGCGCGCUGCUGCGUUUGUCUUUCUGAGAUGGAUUCCAGGUCAUCAUUUCCCACCGAUCGUGGCGACCUUAUUCGCCGUGUACAUUCCGGCAUUCCUCUAUAGCUGGCUGAAUUCAUCUCCUUACAACGUCGUCGCCGAUCGCGUCGCUGUGAAAACUCGAGACGUGAAGAAAGAAGAUGCCGCUCCAGGUGUCGAUCCUCGCUAUGCGGAUCCCACCGUCGAUCCAGGUCAGGAACUGUUCGUCGAAGAAGAAAUUGUGCUCACGCGCAAAGACCCGCGACCGCUCACCACACUUCUGACUGGUCUGCCGAGCCCGUCGAGUCCGCUAUACAGUAUCGUCUCUUUCCUGGUAAACUUGGCGAUUGUAGCUAUGGUCAUGGAUCUCGUUUAUCGUGCACCAUUACUUCAUCCUGUCCAUGAUCUCUCUUUGGCACGAGUCGGCUACGUAUCCGACACGACCGCCAAUAUUCUGGUACGAGAGCCGGAUUCUACUCAAUUGCCCCUCUUCCUAUCCUAUCGAUGGAAUGAUUACGACAGAGUCAAGUCAAUUCGCAUGUCGGAGACCUCCUGGAAGGCUGGGGGACGGAUCGAUGCCCUCAGUAAUGCCACCGACUUUACCGGGACUUUCACUGUCACCGGUCUGUCCCCUGAUACACGCUACGAGUAUGUUGUAAGCAACAAUCGUACUGGGCAAUUCACCACAGCUCCCAAGGUCGGGGAGGUCUCGGCACACAGCUCCUAUGGCAACAUGUUCACAUUCGUUCACUCCUCCUGCGUCAAGCUCAACUUCCCAUAUUCGCCGUUUGCGCAUCCACUCUCGGCGCAAGGAUUCCGCCAUCUCAACUCUGCGUUGUCCAGUCUACGGGCCCAAUUCAUGAUUUUCCUCGGUGACUUCAUAUAUGCCGACGUACCUCACCAACAUGGAAAGUCUCUUGAAGAUUAUCGUCUGCAAUAUCGUCAAGUCUACGCUUCGCCGGACUGGGCUGCUGCCACCGAACACGUGCCUUCUUGGAUCCACGUCUACGACGACCACGAGAUUCAAAAUGACUGGAGUGCCAACACCACUGCCCCUUUCGAGUCUGCUUUCGAUGCCUACGAGCUGUACCACACCUCCGUGAACCCUCCUCCUGUUCGCCCGAAGACAAGCUACUUCAGCUUCACCCAAGGACCUGCGACUUUUUUCCUCCUCGACACACGCCGCUAUCGCUCCCCGAAUUCCGAGCCCGACACCACCGACCCUUCCACCGGUGUUCCUACGAAAUCCAUGCUCGGUGCUCAACAGCGCGCCGACUUCCUCGCCUGGCUCCGCCGCCCCGAGCCCGCCGGCGUGCGCUGGAAAAUCGUCGUCUCCAGCGUGCCCUUCACCAUGAACUGGCAGCUGACAGGCGACACCUGGGCGGGAUUCCUAGCCGAGCGACAGAUUCUGCUGGAAGCCAUGUGGGAUGUCGGGGCAAGGGAGGGAGCCAAUGCCAUGGGUGUCGUGAUCCUGUCGGGAGAUCGCCACGAAUUUGCCGCGACGGCAUUCCCUCCUCCCCCAGCACCACCACCAUCAUCGGACAAGACAAUCCUCGGCCUGAGGAUUCCCGCGCGGAAAUCCUGGCCGCAGUCCGCCACCGUUCACGAAUUCUCCGCCUCGCCGUUGAAUAUGUUUUACCUGCCGGUACGCACGUAUCGGGAGUCGACUACAGCCAAGGCCUCGAGCAGUGAAGACGAUCAGGACCAGUACUACAUUUCUGACGUCUGCAUCAAGUAUAUCCCCGAUGGGAACUACAAAUUCGGUGCGGUGAGCAUUUCCAACGAGCGAAACGUCGGGGAACAGUCCGUGUUGAAGUAUCGGCUGUUCGUGGAUGGCAAGGAAACGUGGGGCUACCUGCUCACGGUCGGCGGGGUGAAUAGUGGCGCUGCUGGUGCUGGAGGACUGGGAUUGAGCAGAGUCAAAGAUGCGAUUUGGGGAUAA